AUGCUGAGCCCCACACAGAGCCUCCAUGGCUCCAUUCCCAGAAAGUCCAAUCCCCCAAACCUCAGACGGAAGAAACCAGAUACCCACAGCAAGGCCAUCGUGGAUGGGAACCUGAAGCUUAUCCUGGGUCUGAUCUGGACUCUGAUCCUGCACUACUCCAUCUCAAUGCCCAUGUGGGAGGACGAGGACGAYGAGGACGCCAAGAAGCUGACCCCCAAGCAGAGGCUGCUGGGAUGGAUCCAGAACAAGGUGCCCCAGCUGCCCAUCAACAACUUUCACCGUGACUGGAGGGACGGCAAGGCCCUGGGAGCCCUGGUUGACAACUGUGCCCCAGGCCUGUGUCCUGACUGGGAGACGUGGGAUCCUAGCCAGCCUGUGGAGAAUGCCAGGGAGGCCAUGCAGCAGGCUGACGACUGGCUCGGUGUGCCCCAGGUGAUAGCCCCUGAGGAAAUAGUGGAUCCCAAUGUGGACGAGCACUCGGUGAUGACCUACCUGUCCCAGUUCCCCAAGUCCAAGCUGAAGCCUGGUGCCCCACUGCGCUCCAAGACUCUGCACCCCAAGAAGGCCAAGGCCUACGGACCAGGUAUUGAUCCCAGAGGUAACAUGGUGCUGAAGCCGGCUGAGUUCAUCGUGGAGACAGUGGAGGCGGGGCUAGGGGAGGUGCUGGUCUAUGUGGAGGACUCAGAGGGACACACAGAGGAGGCCAGAGUGAUCCCCAACAAUGACAAGAACAGGACGUACUCUGUCAUCUACCUGCCCAAAGUGGAGGGCCUUCACAAGGUGAAGGUGAUGUUCGCUGGGCAGGACAUAGACAGGAGUCCCUUCGUGGUGAGUGUGUCCAAGGCCAUGGGAGACCCCAACAAGGUGCAGGCCAGAGGACCAGGACUGGAGCCUGUAGGCAACGUGGCUAACAAGCCUACCUACUUCGACAUCUACACAGCAGGUGCCGGUGCUGGAGACGUGGGUGUGAUCAUCGUGGACUCCCAGGGCAGAAGAGACACCGUGGAGAUCAUUCUGGAAAACAAGGGAGACAGUAUUUUCCGUUGCACCUAUUGCCCUAUCCUGGAGGGGUCUCAUGUUAUCUAUGUGACGUUUGCUGGGCAGCAGAUACCCAGAAGCCCUUUCACUGUCCACAUCUCAGAGGCCAGCAACCCCAACAUGUGCCGGGCCUCAGGGAGAGGUCUCCAGCCUAAGGGGGUGAGGGUGAAAGAGGUGGCUGACUUCAAGGUGUACACCAAGGGAGCCGGCAGCGGAGAGCUCAAGGUCACCAUCAAGGGGCCAAAGGGACUAGAGGAGCCUGUGAAGGUGCGUGACGCGGGAGACGGGGUGUAUGAGUGUGACUACUACCCCAUCAUGACUGGCAAAUACACCAUCACCAUCACCUGGGGCGGACAGACCAUCCCACGCAGCCCGUUUGAGGUGGUGGUGAGUGAGGACGUGGGGCCCCAGAAGGUGAGGGCGUGGGGGCCGGGCCUGGAGACAGGCAUGGUGGGGAAGUCAGCUGACUUUGUGGUGGAGGCCAUCGGCACAGAGGUGGGAACUCUGGGUUUCUCCAUCGAGGGCCCGUCGCAGGCUAAGAUAGAGUGUGAUGAUAAGGGCGACGGGUCAUGUGACGUACGUUACUGGCCCACGGAGCCUGGCGACUAUGCUGUUCACGUCAUCUGUGACGACGAGGACAUCAAGGACAGCCCCUUUAUGGCCCACAUUCUCCUCACAGCCAAUGACGUGUUCCCUGAGAAGGUGAAGAGCUAUGGCCCAGGUCUGGAACCGAUUGGCUGCAUUGUCAACAAACCAGCAGAGUUCACCAUUGAUACAAGUAGAGCCGGCAGGGGCCAGCUGAAGAUAUACGCCCAGGAUGCAGAGGGCUUCCCCAUCGACAUCCAGAUCACAGAGAACGGAGACAGCACCUUCCUCUGUGUCUACAUUCCCACCAAGCCCAUCAAACACACCAUCAUUAUCACCUGGGGAGAGGUCAACGUCCCCAACAGUCCCUUCAGGGUGACCAUCGGAGAGGGCAGCCACCCAGAGAAUGUGAAGGUGUAUGGUCCAGGUGUGGAGAAGUCAGGUCUGAAGGCCAACGAGCCAACCUACUUCACUGUGGACUGCAGCGAGGCAGGACAAGGGGAUGUCAGUAUCGGCAUCAAGUGUGCACCUGGCGUGGUCGGUCCGGCAGAGGCUGACAUCGACUUUGACAUCAUCAAGAAUGACAACGACACGUUCACAGUGAAGUACAUGCCCCCCGGCCCCGGACGCUACACCAUCAUGGUGCUGUUCGCUGACCACGAAAUACCCAUCAGCCCUUUCAGGAUCAAGGUGGACCCCUCCCAUGACGCUAACAAGGUGAGGGCGGAGGGACCCGGACUCAACAAGACAGGUGAGACUUCUAAACCCCACCACUUCACCAUCUACACCAAGGGAGCGGGCAAGGCAAGCCAAGUGCACUUCACCGGAGCAGCAAAAGGGGACGCCGUCCGAGACUUUGAGAUCAUUGACAACCAUGACUACUCCUACACCGUGCGUUACACUGCAGUGCAACAGGGUAACAUGUCUAUCUCAAUCUGCCACGGCGGUGACCCCAUUCCCAAGAGCCCCUUCAACAUCACGGUGGCUCCGCCCCUUGACCUCAACAAGGUCAAAGUUCAGGGGUUGAACAACAAGGUCGACGUUGGGAAGGAUCAGGAGUUCACAGUGAGCACGCACGGCGCCGGUGGCCAGGGCAAGUUGGAUGUGAAGAUCACCUCGCCCUCUCGUCGGCCAAUCCCCUGCAAGCUGGAGUCUGACACGGCCAACGAAGUGCACACUGUGAAGUACAUUCCCCCUGAGGAGGGCCCCUACAAAGUGGACAUCAGCUAUGAUGGGAACCCUGUGCCUGGGAGCCCCUUCACUGUGGAGGGGGUGAUGCCCCCUGACCCCUCAAAGGUAGACAAAACAACCAAGCUCCACAUUCCUACUGCAUCUGUGUUGUCCACAGGGGUCCUGAGGGAGGUGACCACCCAUUUCAUCGUGGAUGCCCGUGCCAAGAGCAAGACCGGGGGCAGCCAUGUCAAGGCCCGCAUCGUCAACCCUUCAGGCGCCAACACAGACGCCUACAUCACUGACAAGGGAGAAGGCACCUACAGAGUGGAAUACGCUGCCUAUGAGGAUGGGAUGCACCUGAUAGAGGUGCUGUAUGAUGAUGUGGCGGUGCCUAACAGUCCGUUCCGUGUCCCGGUAACGGAGGGUUGUGACCCCAGCCGUGUCAGAGCCUACGGUCCUGGUCUGGAGGAGGGCCUGGUCAACAAACCCAACCGCUUCACCGUGGAAACCAGGGGUGCUGGUACAGGGGGUCUGGGCCUGGCCAUCGAGGGUCCAUCAGAGGCUAAGAUGUCCUGUAAGGACAAUAAAGAUGGCAGCUGCAGUGUGGAGUACAUCCCCUUCACCCCGGGAGACUAUGACGUCAACAUUACCUUCGGAGGCUUGCCCAUCCCAGGGAGUCCCUUCCGUGUGCCAGUGAGAGAGCUGGUGGACCCAAGUAAGGUGAGGUGUUCAGGCCCAGGGCUGGGUAGUGGAGUCAGAGCCCAUGUUCCUCAGUCCUUUAAGAUCAAGACAUUGCCUGCUCAUGAUGCCAGUAAGGUGCUUGCCAGUGGGCCAGGUUUGAAUGCCCAGGGUGUGCCUGCCAGCCUGCCUGUGGAGUUCACCAUCGAUGCCCGCGAUGCUUGCGAAGGCCUGCUCACUGUGCAGAUACUGGACCCAGAAGGCAAGCCGAAAAAGGCCAACAUCCGUGACAACAGAGAUGGGACGUACACAGUGUCCUAUGUACCAGACAUGGCAGGGCGCUACACCAUCACCAUCAAGUAUGGAGGAGAYGAGAUUCCCUACUCACCCUAUCGUAUCCAUGCCCUGCCCACUGGAGACGCCAGCAAGUGUCUGGUCACAGUUUCCAUUGGAGGACAUGGAUUGGGUUCAGGCCUCGCACCCACCAUCCAGAUCGGCGAGGAGACCGUCAUCACCGUGGACGCAAAAGCUGCUGGGAAGGGGAAGGUGACCUGUAAGGUGUCGACACCAGAUGGGGCCGAACUAGACGUGGACGUGGUGGAGAAUUCCGACGGAACGUUUGACAUCUACUACACGGCUCCGGAACCUGGGAAAUACGUCAUCACCAUCCGCUUCGGAGGAGAACACAUUCCAAACAGCCCCUUCCACAUUGUGGCCAGUGAUACCGUCCCUAUAAUAGAGGAACCGUGUGACAAGCUCCAGUUACAACAGCCCUACCAGCCCUACCAGGGCUACCCCCCUCACUGGGCCACAGAGGAGCCCGUCACCCCCGGGGAUAUCAUGGAGCCUAUGCUCCGCCCCUUCAACCUGGUCAUUCCGUUCACCGUUCAGAAGGGAGAGAUCACAGGUGAGUUGCGUAUGCCCUCAGGUAAGACAGCCCGUCCUAACAUCACAGACAACAAGGAUGGGACAGUCACAGUGAAGUACGCCCCUACAGAAGAAGGCCUGCACGAGAUGGACAUCAAAUAUGAUGGAAACCACAUCCCAGGAAGUCCCCUCCAGUUCUAUGUAGAUGCCAUCAAUAGUGGUCAUGUGACAGCCUAUGGUCCUGGUCUGAGUCACGGCAUGGUCAACAAACCUGCCACCUUCACCAUCGUCACCAAGGAUGCAGGGGAAGGUGGCCUGUCCCUGGCGGUGGAGGGCCCCUCUAAGGCAGAGAUCAACUGUAAGGACAACAAGGAUGGAACCUGUACUGUGUCCUACCUUCCCACUGUACCAGGAGACUACAACAUCAUUGUCAAGUUUGACAACAAACACAUCGCCGGCAGCCCCUACACUGCCAAGAUCACAGGGGAUGACACUAUGAGGACAUCCCAGCUCAACGUCGGCACGGCAACAGACGUGUCAUUGAAGAUCUCAGAGACRGACCUGAGCAGCCUGACAGCGAGCAUCAGAGCACCGUCGGGCAACGAGGAACCCUGCCUCCUCAAGAGACUGCCCAAUCGACACAUCGGUAUCUCAUUCACUCCUAAGGAGGUGGGGGAGCAUGUUGUGAGUGUGAAGAAGAACGGGACGCACGUGACCAACAGCCCCUUCAAGAUCAUGGUGGGYCAGUCAGAGAUCGGGGACGCCAGCAAGGUCAAGGUGUUUGGCCAGGGACUGGUGGAGGGACACAUCUUUGAGGUGGCUGAGUUCAUAGUUGACACCAGGAACGCAGGGUAUGGUGGUCUGGGUCUGUCUAUCGAGGGUCCCAGUAAGGUGGAUAUUAACUGUGAGGAUGUGGAGGAUGGUACCUGUAAGGUGACCUACUGUCCCACUGAACCAGGAAAUUACAUCAUCAACAUCAAGUUCGCCGACCAGCACAUUCCAGGAAGUCCUUUCACAGUGAAGGUGUGUGGUGAGGGCAGGGUGAAGGAGAGCAUCACCAGGAAGAGACAUGCUCCAUCAAUUGCUACUGUGGGCAGCACCUGUAACCUCAACCUCAAAAUACCAGGUAAUUGGUUUCAGAUGGUGUCGGCCCAAGAGCGGCAUACGCGCACGUUCACGCGCAGCAGUCACACGUACACGCGCACGGAGCGCACAGAGAUUAGUAAGACACAGGCGGGGGAGACCAAGCGUGAAGUGCGUGUGGAGGAGAGUACCCAGGUYGGGGGAGACCCCUUCAGGGACGUGUUUGGAGAGUUCCUGGGGAGUCAGAGUCUCACAGGCUUCAGUGGGAUACCAGCCACUACCAGACAGCCUCAAGAGGGUGACCAGGGGACCCAGGAGAUGACGGCCCAGGUGACCAGUCCGGGGGGUAAGACGGAGGACGCAGAGAUCAUCGACGGCGAGGACAGCACCUACAGCGUCCGUUUCAUCCCCCAGGAGAUGGGGCCCCACACGGUCAACGUCAAGUACCGGGGCCAGCACGUCCCCGGGAGCCCCUUCCAGUUCACCGUGGGGCCCCUGGGAGAGGGAGGGGCACACAAGGUCCGGGCCGGGGGCACGGGGCUGGAUAGAGGAGUGGUUGGUGAACCAGCUGAGUUUAGUAUCUGGACCAGAGAGGCUGGUGCAGGAGGUCUGUCCAUCGCUGUAGAGGGGCCCAGUAAGGCAGAGAUCAGCUUUGAAGACAGGAAGGAUGGAUCCUGCGGGGUGGCCUAUGUGGUGCAGGAACCAGGUGACUAUGAGGUGUCCAUUAAGUUUAAUGAUGAGCACAUCCCAGACAGUCCCUUCGUAGUCCCCAUCGCCACUCUGUCUGAUAACUCACGCCGCCUUACAGUCACCAGCCUACAGGAGAUGGGGUUGAAGGUGGGCCAGGAGGCGUCGUUCGCAGUGCAGUUGAACGGGGCGAGGGGGUUGAUAGAUGCUAAGGUUCACACCCCAUCCGGAGCUGUAGAGGAGUGUUACGUUACUGAGCUGGACAGCGACCAGCACGCCAUCCGGUUUAUCCCGAGGGAGAACGGAGUCCACUCCAUCGAAGUGCGUUUCAACGGGAGCCACAUUCCCGGAAGUCCCUUCAAGAUCCGGGUGGGAGAGAUCGGACAGGUCGGGGACCCGGGAAUGGUGUCUGCCUUCGGACCUGGGCUGGAAGGAGGAACCACAGGCGCGGCGUCAGAUUUUGUAGUGAACACGUGUAAUGCGGGGUCAGGUGCUCUGUCAGUGACCAUCGAUGGGCCGUCCAAGGUCAAGAUGGACUGUCAAGAUUGUCCCGAGGGUUACAAGGUCACCUACACACCCAUGGCCCCCGGAAGCUAUCUCAUCACCAUCAAAUACGGAGGACCAUCCCACAUCGUAGGCAGCCCCUUCAAGGCUAAAGUCACAGGUGCUCGUCUCUCUGGUGGUCACAGUCUACAUGAAACCUCGUCCGUUCUUGUGGAGACUGUAACCAAGACGUCGUCAUCGUCGUCGUCGAUGGGCGUGGCCUAUGGCCCUAAGUUCUCUUCGGAUGCCAGUAAGGUGGUCUCCCGGGGCGCCGGCCUAUCAACGGCCUUUGUAGAGCAGAAGAACACCUUCACAGUGGACUGCAGCAAAGCAGGAACUAACAUGUUGAUGGUGGGGGUACACGGACCCAAGACCCCGUGUGAAGAGGUCUACGUUAAACACCUGGGCAACAGGAUGUACAACGUCACCUACACCGUCAAAGAACAGGGCAACUACAUCCUCAUCGUCAAAUGGGGAGAUGAAAAUGUCCCCGGCAGCCCCUUCCAUGUCACCGUCCCCUAAAAUGGACUCAUCCAUCCCUUGUACAACCCCCUGCUGUAUCCCAGAAUGGACUAGUCCAACACCCCCACAGACACACUAAAGAUGCAAAGACUUUUCCCGUCUGUCCAGGGGGGGAAUUAAUUUACCCAUCAUGCAUUGUGCCAGAUUACUCUGAUAACUUAUCCAGGUGACAUCACAAAGAUCUGAGGUGCCAAUUCUCCUAUGUAUGCGCCCGCCCCUAUUUUCUACGCACCACCCACCAACUAGGCACCCUGUUGCUGUUUACUUUCAAUGAGAGAGAAUGUACAAAGGGAAGUCAAAAGUAAAAUCAUGUUUUCUGUCUGUAUGGGCCUAUGUUAGUAUUUUCAGAGCACAAACACAGUAUGCAGUCACCACCAUGUGCUUUUUAGCUAGUCCUCCAAAGGUGUCCUACACUGCCUGUACUGGCCUGGUGAAAAUGGCUGCCUUACAUGAGAGAAGAUGGCUGUGAUGUCACUGUCUGAAUCACAGACAAACAGACAGACAGACAGACAGACAGAUAGACAGACAGACAAGAGUUAUUUACCUUUAUUUAUUCAGUCCUUUUAUUUUCUUUGACAGAAAAUGGUCUUAUAUUGUUUCAAAGGAGAAGGUUUCAGUCGAGCUUAGAAACUAUUCUCCCUCAUACUGGGCCUUCCUGUGUCAUUUCGGGUGUAACCAUGGACACAGAGAUGUGGUUGGCCAAGAAUUUUGUACUGAGGAAGAGAGCACGGCAUAGCAAUCGGUUUAUCGUGUGAAUGUUUAAUUAAGAAGUCCACAGAGAGAUGUUACAGUGGAACAGUAUCAUAGAGUGACAUUUUAUAGUGAUUUUAUAUGUAUGAAAAUGAWCAGAAAAAACUCUUAAUUGUUUGAUAUACUAACCUUCUGUUUGGUACGGAUGUGCAGGCAUAAUAAAACGUUUAACUGCUAACUUUCCAUUGAAAACCAAAAA